AAUAAUCGCGUGACGGAUGUUUAAGUUCCACAAUGGUAACGAACAUGUUAACGAAAUAUAGCAACGAUCAUUAGGCGCUCUUAUCGUAGCUCGAGAGAGCAAUCAAGAGAGAGAGAGAGAGAGAGAGAGAGAGAGAGAGAGAGAGAGAGAGAGAAAGAGAGAAGUUCGAGGAGCAAAAAGAAAGCGCGCGAGAUGAAUGACGGACUGGCCGACGUUAAGCCGACGAGUUAAGUUAAAGUAGUAAUCCGGUGCAUCUCGCAGAGGCGACUGGUGUCGCAAAGCAUCCUCAGGAGACAUGUCACUCAUCGAUCUUCUCGUAUUCCCGGCCAUCCUCCUCGCCUGGUCAGCGUGUGCGUAUUCGGAAAGUACGCUGCUGAACGACGAAGCGCAGACGUUGAUCAUCGAGUCUAUGCUGCAACGCGAGCCAGCGACGUUCAAAUUGUACACCAGGGAGAACCCAUUCGGCGAGGAACAGUUGUUUCUGAAUGAUACCGAGGUGUUGUACGCGUCGCACUUCAACGAGAGCAGGCCGACCAAGUUUAUCGUGCACGGAUUCAGCGAUACCGGAAAAGAGGCUUGGGUGCGGGGCCUGAUAGACGCGUAUCUGCUCUACGAGGAUGUGAACGUGAUAGUCGUCAGUUGGGGCAUCCUGGCGGCCGACGUGUACCCGGCGGCGGCCAAGAACACGCGCGUCGUCGGUGAGUUCUUGGCCCACUUCUUGGAGUUCUUAAACCGAGAAUCGAACCUGGAGUACAAGGACGUCCACAUCAGCGGUCAUAGUCUGGGCUCCUACGUGGCCGGCUUCGCCGGGGCGUAUCUCGACGGCCGCAUCGGUAGAAUAACAGGUCUGGAUCCGGCAAGUCCUUUAUUCGAAACGAUCUCCGGCAUCGUCGAUCCGGAAUACCGACUGGACCCGACCGACGCUCAAUUCGUAGAUGUGAUCCACACGAGCGGGCCGGCAUUCGGCUUCUUAGCGCCGUUGGGCCACGCGGAUUUUUACCCCAACAACGGAAAGUUCCCUCAACCCGGGUGUUCCUACAUGCCGACGAUAACUUAUUGCAGCCACUCACGGGCGCAUCAGCUCAUGACUGAGAGCAUCGGCAGCACGGUGGGCUUCAAGGCGAGGAUGUGCGACAGCUGGGAGAAGUACAAAAAAGGACACUGCAAUUACAAUCCUAUCGUUUUGAUGGGCGAGUACGCCUCUACAUCGUUACGCGGCAAGUUCUACCUGACGACCAACGACGCACCGCCGUUCGCGUUGAAGUGAUGCGCGACCUGGAUAUUCGAUCUCGAUGGAUGUCGACUUAAGAGAACUUGCGAGCUACACAACAAUUACUAGCGACGAUCGCGUAACAAAAAAUCCGUACUAGUCAUUCGUAAAUUACUUUAUUUAUGAAACUCGUUUCUCCGAGGACAUAUCGAAGGCACGCAUGUGCCGCAUCAGAAUGUAUCCUUACACGUAUAAUGCUAUAUACUUAGAAAAAGUACAAAUUACAUUAACUAAGCCUGCAAUCUCAGAUCGAUAUUUUUUUUC